AUGAGUCAAGAUCUGCUUGAUAAAUUACCUGCCACACUUAGGGGAAAAGUGGAACAAAUUACCAGAGCUUUGCCAAAUUCAAAAGAGAUAUUCGAUGAGUUAUAUACUUUUGCUUUAGCUGAAGCCAACGAAAUUAGUAAAAGAAAGGUUCAGAAGCCAGCUUCUGUUCCUGUGGAAACAGCAGGAGUUGAUGUCAAAGAAGAAGAAAUAAUUUUUAAUUUAAAGGAUGUCACGGUACUAUCACCAUUGAGAAAAAAAUUGAACCUGAUAUUACAUUUAUCGACCAGUUCGAGGAAGCCAGUAUUAUCUUUAGCUAAAGAUACUAAAAUAGAAAUGACAAUAGAGGAUCUAAAAACUAAUGUAAAAAUGGCUACAUUCCUACCGGUCCCAGAAAAAUCAAACAUAUUUUAUAUUUUUAUUAAUUACCAAAAAGCAGCUGAUGAUGUUUAUACUGAACCAAUUUUAGCUACAAUAAACAAGGCUGCUAUUUUGGAUCAAUUCAAAACUUCAGGAUUGGUCGAAAUAGGUGAAGAAGAUUUCACCAAGUGCAUUGAAUUUAUGAGAAAACAAGCUAUCAUGACUGGAUUUAGAAUUUCCGAUCCAUUUUUUAAAGUUAAUCCAGAUCAGGAUGUUUCUUUCCAUGUUGAAUGUCAUAGAGGUACCAAAGAAGGUACCUUAUACUUUUUACCCGAUCAUAUAAUUUUUGGGUUCAAGAAACCAAUACUUCUGUUUGAAUCCGCCGAUAUAGAGUCGAUUACCUACUCCUCCAUUACAAGACUGACAUUCAAUGUUACACUAAUUACAAAAGACGAUAGAAAGUUCGAAUUCUCAAUGAUCGAUCAGGCAGAAUAUUCUAAAAUAGACGAGUACGUUAAGAGAAAACAGGUGAAAGAUAGAUCUAUGAGUGAAGAAUUGAAAGCAAAGACAUCUCAUAAAAAUCAAGCAUCACAAGAAAACCAAGUUUCUUCUUUGCAAGAGGCUGCUCAACAACUAGCAGAAGGGGAAAACUUAAAGGAUAUGAAUUUAGAUUCCGAUGAUGAAGAAGGAGAUGUGAAUUUUGAAGCUGAAAGUGAGUUGUCUGACGGAAGUGACGAUGGUGAAGAUGACUAUGGAGAUGACGAUGAAGAUGAAGAGGAAGGUGCUGAUGAAGGUGCUGAUGAAGGUGAAUACAAUGAAAAAACUUUUGAGGAAGCUGAAAAGGCUUAUCAAGAAGAAAAUGAUGACGAAGGUGAUUCAGAAGAUAAUGAUGAGCGAGAAGAUGAUGAAAAUGAUGAAUAUAUGCACGAUUUUGAAAAAAGAGAGGAACAUGGAGAAGAGUUAGAAUCAAAUAUUUCGCCUCAAGAAGGCUUUCCAGUUGAUUUGGGAUUGGAUGACAUUCCAAUUGAAAUCGACGAUGAUGAAGAUGGUGAUAAUAAUAACGAAGAGGACGAUGGCGAAAAUUCUGGUGUAGAAUAUGAUUAA